UGCAAAUACAGCAGUGGGGUUGGGCAGAUCCAAGCUCAGUUCCCGAGUCCAUGUUUCAUGCGCAACUGCACAGCAGAAGUUUCUCUGCUGGCUGCGUUAACGCUGAGGGGGAGUCCAGGAUUCUUUAGCGGACGCGUUUGUUUGGAUUCCGCUGCUUUAGCGAGCGUUCAAUGCAGGAUAAGUUCACUUCUGCGAUGCUCCAGUCUCAUGAAUGGGAAUUGAGUCGCCAACCUUUUCACUGAGAAUAUUAACAAGUGAAAUGUGGGAAGAUCUAAAAAAUAGGUGUAGAUAUUCAGCAGAGUAUGAAAUUAAAGAAGUUGAAGACAUUUGCAUGAGAAGCAAACCGAUGGACGUUUCCAAGGUUGCGGUUAAGAAAUUACAGUAAAUUAUGGGAACACAUUACAUUGAUUACUGGGUUUGCCAAACGUGCAAACUAGAAGAUAGAAAAAUAAAUUACAUCUAGCCCUGAAAACUGGAUCAAAUGCUGUGGGGCACAAUGUGGCUUUGGAGGUGGAUAUCAACGUAAUAGAACGAAUAGUUGGAGAAGAAUUGGUAGUGAAGGUGCAGCUGGUGUUGAUACUUAAUUCUGCCGGACACUAUGCCUGGAACUCCAGCAGUUGUUCUCUUCCAGCUGCUCAUCUUUCUCGUAGGUUGUGGCCUCAGCAGAAAUGUCAACUUUCAUAACGUGAUGCCGCCAAUGUCUCCAACCCCAUUUCCAAAGAGCUUCAAGUGCUUCACUUGCAACAAUGCUUUGGACAAUUAUGAGUGUAACAGAUGGGCUGAAGAUAAAUGGUGCCCUCAGAACACAGAGUAUUGCCUUACGGUGCACAGAUUUACAAGUCGUGGCAGGAGUGAAUCAGUUUCAAAGAGGUGUGUUUCAAAGGAAGAAUGCCACUCUGUGGGAUGCCAUCAUAUCAGGAAAUUUGGUUAUAUGGAGUGCGUUUCCUGUUGUGAAGGGACAAUCUGCAACAUUGAAGUGCCAACAAACCACACAAAUGCAGUGUUUAUGGUUAAACAGCAGCAGAGGUUGCCUUCAUCUGCCAGCAUAAGGAUGCAGAACCUAAUCUGGAUCACAACAGCUCUUCCAGUUCUUCUGCUGGUAUGAUGCUACACAGGUCAAAUCUGAUCCAACACUUCAAAUACAUCAGACACAUUAUCUGAUGCCAACGAUAGAAGAAAAGCAUCAAGCAUUUGCACCCAGGUGCUGAUGGGGUGCAAUGUUAUUUUGUGCUCUAAGUAUACUACAAAGACUGGAUGGUAUUGAUCUAAUGGGAGAAACUGUUGUGACUAUGGACACCCGACUUAGGAACAGUGACUCCAAAUCGCCGACUGAGGAAUGCAGAGGAUAUUCAGUGGAUGCGAUAAAUACAGACUUUUUUUGUGUGUUAAAUCUUUCUGACCAUGCUUCUUUCGUGUUUAUUUGCAUGAUAAAGCUGGCAGUGACAUUGAUUUCUGACAUCCAGUGAAUACAGUUAAAAUAUGUGCAUGCACUUUGGCAAUGCAAGUAUCCAAUCUAUUUGUGCAGGAAGGAACGGCAGAUGCUGGUUUAAACCGAAGAUGGACACAAAAAGCUGGAGUAACUCAGCGAGUCAGACAGCAUCUCUGGAGAAAAGGAAUUGGUUUCUCCAGAAAUGCUGUCUGACCCGCUAAGCUACUCCAGCUUUUUGUGUCUGUGCAAUCUAUUUGGACACAGAUCAAAUCUUUUCUGGUAUGUGCACAUGCAUCCCCAGUUCUAUUGAUGGGAGUAGAAACUGCAGCCAGUUUUUUUUUCCCCUCAAGUGAACAUAGUGAUAUGAGGAAAAAAUUAGUUCUGUCCAAUGUGGCCAAGGGAGAAACCAACCAACUCAGAAAAGACCCAAAAUUGAGUAUAGGAGCCUUCUGGUUUUGUUUGACUGGUAACUCCCAGAAUGAGGUCAAUGAACAGAAAUAGAAAAUUUCAGGAGUAACUUCACUGAAAUGUUGAAAUGAAACUGAUCACACUGUAUUUUCCUGAUCAUCUGCCACUGACAAUCUCCCACAAGUAAGAUCAACCUAUUUUGCAUUCAAUUACACAUUAAAUAACCAUUUUUAUGGCAAAAAGUUGUUGGAUAGUGGUUUCAGAUGUAAACUUCAUUUGUCAAUACAAGACUAUCCAACAUAAUAGGCUUUAUGCUGAAUUAACUGAGUGAUUUAUUUUAUUUUAUAAUAGGUUAUA